UGCACGCAUGAAGACAACCAACUAGUAACUGAACCAAUACACUCCUAAUAAGGCAUUUUUGUAUCAACUAAUUGGUUGGCAGAUAAUAUCAAAUGGCAUUACUCUUUUCUAUCAGCUGGACAAACCAUCUUUUUGGGGUACUUUUUGUGAGACCAUGACGCCUCCAUUAAGUGAACAUUCGUGCGGAUGACGUAGGCUGAGGUUCGGCUCCGUGGAGCAGCUGUCGCGAGGCUGGCCGCUGUAUGCUGUCCAGAACUCCUCUAUACUUUUAAAGUUUGACCUACUUAUUCCGGUAGGAUGAGUCUUCAGUGGACCGCCGUGGCCUGCUUCCUCUAUGGUCAGAUAGUGGUUAACCUGGUCCUGUGCUUCCCCCUCAUCUCAGCUCAAAGGUGGCGGUCACUUUUCAACUGGACAAUAUGGAGCUGGUUUUCUCCGUAUUGGAACAAAGCCUUCUGCACCAUGAUCAUGGUCCUAGUUGUGCUUUUUUUCGACGCCGUUCGGGAGGUCCAGAAGUACUCCUCGCCCCAGACCGCACAGGACGCCACACUGAACCCCACCCUGUUUGACCACCUCCACAUGAAGCUGUUCAGAGCCCAGAGGAACCUCUACAUCUCAGGGUUCUCCCUCUUCCUGUGGCUUAUCAUGCGUCGCAUUGUGACCUUGGUGAACCAGGUUGCCUUAGCAACCACGGACAGCGCCGGGCUUCAGGCCCAGACGGUUGGCGCUAACCAGGCAGCCACCCGGUACCAGGCGGAGAACCUGCAGCUGAAACAGGCUCUUCAGGCGGAGGAGGAGAAAACCUCAGCCAAGAGCCGGCAGAUGGAGAAGGAGGAAGAGACAUGGGCCAGAGACCUGAAGGCUGCAGAGGAAGUUGUCCGUAAGGCCCGGGUUGAGUUGGAGGCUAUGAGGAGGCAGGCUAAGGGCCUCACACAGGAGUACGACAGACUGCUUACGGAACACACUCAACUACAGAAUCUUCAAAACACUGCGGACAAAAAGGACCAGUAACAUUUGACUCACGCUGGUUUGAUAUUAUUCCCUGUGAAUCCUCCGCUUUUAAAGUUUGAAUUUCUGUAUGAAUCAUUUUGCAACUCAAGGCAUUCACCUGCACUGCCAAUGUCCUCCUCUUCCUCUUACCUGUAGGGUAAACAUAGCUGUAGCACGUAUCACUAAUUAGGGGUCUGUUGCUUUAAGUAUGACAGUAAACCUGUACAGACACAACUACUGAAGUUACCACAUAAAUGAAUGUUGUUACUGUUAGGUGUGUGUUCCAUUUGAUGUAUCUGUAUAGGCUUGGAUGGCAGAACUUUUGAACAUUACAACGUGCAAUCGAUGUCACUUUACUGUAUUUAGUAUUUGAUAAAAAUAUUGAAAAACAAAAUAAAUACAUUAUGACUGCUGGUCUAAUACUAUUUAUUAUCUAGUAAUUG